AUGCGUAAUGCGGAGUCGCGUCCAGAAUCGCCAUCAUGUGAUCUGCUUUAUGACAAGUCUGGCUCUCAGCAACGACAGCACCUAUUCAUAUUCCCCUCCACCACAACCCAUAUCCCUUCCCAGCAUAUCCGAGCCCCAUCCAUGGCCGCCGCCUCCCGCCGGGUCAGUCCCGCGCCUCGGAGGGUAGUCGCCAUCAAACAUUCCGACGGAGAGCCUCUGACUCGGGCAGACAUACAGUACGACUUCCUCAACGCCGUGUUCAGCGACACGCAUGAGGUCUUCUCCAACCCCUACCUACCUGUGACCGCUGAGCAGGGGAAGAAGAUAUCCUUCCGAGACCUGUAUAUCAAAGCUAUUCUCAAUUCGCCGAAGGCCACCAAGGCCCUCAAAGACAAGAUGGCGGAGCCGUCCACUUUUGCGCUUGACUUUGCGAUGCUUUCAUUGUUGGUUAACGUAGGACGCGUGAACACUACCAUGAGUUUCUUUCCCGAAAUGAAGACCGCAAUCCGCACAUAUCACCCUAUCCCCUCGCUCCAACGAACCAAUGGAAACAUGCAGGAUGCCCCACGAAUCAAGCAUAUACUCAAGAUGAGUUUGCUAUCUGAUGAGGCGAAGAAUCCUCCCUCCAGUCUAGCUGAUCUCCUCGCUCGAUGCAAAGCUGGGACAACUCCUUCCACAAGCAUCACGAACUUGAUCUUCGUUCUUGCCCAUCACACAGGAGCUGUUGGACAAGCCCACCUACAAAGUCAUGUUGACUUCCUCGACCUUUUUCUUCGUUCGGACAUCUCAUCGGCGUCCCGUGCACGCGCAUUUCUUUGGCUAUGUUACAACUACCUAGAGUCUCCGUCGUUGGAGGACGACUACGACGAUGAGCCUGUUCCCAACCCGUUCUCAGACCCUACAAAGAACUCUGCUCCAACACUCUCCUUCCUGACAGCGGAUGAGAGGAAGCAAGAGAACCAAGAGUCGGCGGAAGACCUUGUCCUCACUGAAAGACUUGUUAUCCAAAGAACUCGGAUUGUCCAAAGCUAUAACACCAAAGGGAGCCUUAAAGGACUGCAAACCAAGGCUCCCGCCAGCGAUAUCAUUGCCGGAGACGACGAGGAGCUUUCGGUGGCCGUUUCUGACGGCCCCACGACGAAAGGCAAGCGUCCCGCGUUUACGAUAUCGAUCAAGGGCAGGGGCAAACGUGCCGCCAAUGCUGCUAAAGAGAAGCGGCCCACGCCUUUGAAGGAAAAGCCUAAGGAAAGAGAGCCGAUGACGCUCGUUCCGGAUUUUGACGACGAUGAUAAUGUUAUUGAAGCCUUCGUCAAACAGCGCACCCUGUCGCUUAAGGCACUCAGUGGCCAUGACCAGCUGGAUCAUCCUUUAGGUCGGUUUUCGUCCCAUUCUGGAGUAAAUGGCCACGCGGACCAUGCACAUCGUCAUCGUUACUCGCCGUACGGGGCCACCUCCCCUCAACGCUCUCGCUUUGGGCACUCUCAUCUCUCGCACCCUCGUACCAUGCUCCAGCAGGCAUGGCAUGUCAUCACAUCGACGGAUUCACUGGCGGACUCGGAUGAUGAAGGAUGUGAUGCUUACGCCCGAGAAGAUUACAGUGAGUGGCUGUCCACACCAACAAUGCCGAUUCUCAAACCAGGUGUAGUCCAACGGUUGAGAGUAGUCAGCCGUCUAUCUCAGCAGCAGUGGCUGGAUUACCCUACCGACAUGGAUAUCGAUUCUUUUUGA